AUGGCUUUAGAUAAUGUAUCUGAAUGGAAAUACAUUAGUAAAAGAGAUAUUGGUGUGACAUGCGUGGCAUUUAGUGGUGGUCAACCAAGAGAAGGAGUAGAUAUGGGCCCUGAAUAUGUCCUGAAAGCAAAUUUAAUUCAACAACUUCAAGAUAUGAAUUUCAAUGUGAUGUUAACAGAUAAUAAAAUUCAUACUUAUAAAGAAUUCUUUCCCGAAUCAGAUCAACCGAUAGGUAUUGUUAAACGUCCGCGAACUGUUGGUGUUGUUAACAAAAUUCUCACGACACAAGUUUAUAGUCAUGCCAAAGAAGGCCGAUUAGCUUUACAAAUAGGUGGUGAUCAUUCCAUGGCUAUUGGAACUAUCAGUGGUAUGUCACGAGCAAUUAAAGAACGGUUCGGACGCGAUUUAAAAGUUAUUUGGGUUGAUGCCCACGCUGAUAUUCAUACCGUUGAAUCAACUGAAAGUGGCAAUAUACAUGGAAUGCCUCUAUCGUUUCUUCUUGGUCUCGUCAAAAAAAGCAUCGAAGGCUUGGAUUGGAUUGAGCCUUGCUUAAAGCCGGAAAAUCUUACCUACAUCGGUUUACGUGAUGUUGACAAAGCGGAAAAAGAAACUCUAAAAAAAUAUAAUAUAAAAGCUUUUUCAAUGCAUGAAAUUGAUCGGUACGGUAUUGGCCAAGUUGUGGAUAUGGCUAUUGAUUAUUUAUCACAAGACGGCGAUGGUCAAGGACCAAUACAUCUUUCAUUCGAUAUUGAUGCACUUGAUCCAUCUGUUGCUGCAAGCACAGGCACUCCUGUUCGCGGUGGAUUAACGUUCCGUGAAGGUCAUUAUAUAUGUGAAGCUUUGCACAAAACUGGACGAUUAGUUGGAUUAGACAUGGUUGAAGUUAAUCCAGCUAUUGGUAAUCAUUGUGAAGACACAGUUACGGUUGGAUGCAGUCUUAUUCGAGCAACAUUCGGAGAAUCUCUGUUGUAA